UUGCCACAGCGCUAGUGGGCAUGUAUGGCUCUUGCGGCCAUAGCGCCGCGGCUCGCGAGGUGUUUGACGCCAUUCCCAGCGCCACCAAGAACAUCGUCACUUGGAGCGCCAUGCUGGCAAUGCUAGCGUGUGGAGGCAACAGGGAAUGGAGCUCUUUUGGAGCUUCCUCAACGAUGGAAGCCUGAGAGUGGACAAGGUAGUGUUUAUCACUGUUCUUGGUCUUUGCAGUAACUUGACGCAAGGAUGUUUCUGCCAUAGCUGCGCUCUGGAAGCUGGAUUUGCUGCUGAUCCUGCCGUGUGCCAUGCUCUCAUUGUCACGUAUGGGAGAUGCGGUAGCUCUCCUCUCGCACGCCAAGUUUUCUCCGAGAUGGUACGUAAAGAUGUUGUCUCUUGGACUUCGAUGAUCAAGGCAGCGGACGCUGACGAGUGCUUGCUGCUCUUCAGGCAAAUGCUGCUCGAGGGAGUGGCUCCGAACGAGCUCACGCUUGCGGAGGCUUUGCAUUCGUGCUCGCUCGCUCCCGACCUCCCCGCCACCUUUGCUCUCGGCCAAUGCGUCCACGCGUGUGCCAGGGAGCUCGGCUACGAGACCGACGUCGUGGUUGGAACUUCGCUGAUCAACAUGUACGCCAAGUGCGCCGCUCUGCCUCAAGCCGAGGCCAUCUUCCAUCUCCUGGCGACGAACGCUCGAACGAACUGCGUGUGCUGGACGGCGAUGAUUACCGCAAAUGCCAAGGCAGGGGAAUGGAAGCAGGCCAUCCGACUCUACAGGCAAAUGCAGCUGCAAGGCAUCGCUCCCAACAGGGUUUCCUUCAUUGCAGCUCUCUCGGCGUGCUCCACGCCCGAGUUUCUGGCCACCGGGAAGCUUGUCCACUCUUGCACUGUGGAGCGGGGGCUGGAGAGUGACACAAUGGUGGCGAACGCAGUCGUGAGCAUGUAUGGCAAGUGUGGAAGCACAGAGGACGCGAGGAAGAUGUUUGACGGGAUGAAAAGGCGCGACAGUGUCACUUGGAGUGCAAUGCUUGCGGCCAUCGCGCUGGCCGGGGAGCUAGAUAGCCGCGCAAGAAACGAGCAAGCUUUGCUUCUCUUCGCAAGCAUGCAGCUCGAAGGGGUGAAACCAACAAAGGUGACGCUUGUUUCGCUUCUAAACUGCUGCUCUGACUUGGCUGCUGGCAGGAUGAUCCAUUCCCGCGUGCUUCUCGAUCGCCGGCCCGACGGAGGCGAGCUGGAGGUUGCGCUGUGGAACGCCGUCGUUAACAUGUACGCGAGAUGUGGAUCACUGGACAGCGCUGCUCGCGAGUUCCAUGGAGCACAGGCAAGAGAUUUCAUUUCCUGGAACGGGAUGAUCACCGCGAGCGCACAGCACUCGCGCUGGAGUGACGCGGUGGCUUACUUCCAAGAGAUGCAACAGGAGGGCGUGGAUCCGGACGAGGUGACAAUGGUAACUCUGCUCUUCGCGUGCAACCAUGCCGGAUUUGUGGAGCAGGGCUGCAACUACUUUGCGUCGAUGAGCAAGGACUAUGGGCUGAGCCCGCGACUUGAGCACAGCGCUUGCGUGCUCGACAUGCUGGGACGAUCGGGGCAUGUCGAAGUCGCGCAGGAGAUGUUGAAAGACUCGGCUUGCAGCGAUCCUGUGCUGUGGACAUCGCUGCUUGGAUCUUGCAGAGUUCAUGGCGAUUUGGAGCGCGCAAGAGCGGCGUCCGGCCAAAUUCUCGAUGUCAAUCCCGCGAGUUCUUCCGCUUAUGUGGUCUUGUAUCAAGCUCAAACCGUGUAAAAAUGCAAGCUCGUUUAGGGCAAAAACUCAUUUUUAAA